AUGGCGUUGAGCACCAAAAGAGCCUCUUCAACGUCUGUUCCUAGAGCUAUUCAAUGGAAAUAUGAUGUCUUUUUGAGUUUUAGUGGUGAAGACACCCGCAAGCGUUUUACAGCCCAUUUAUAUGAGGAACUGAAAUAUCUAGGAAUUAGAACUUUCUUGGAUAACCCUGAACUUGAAAUAGGAAAACCGAUGCCUGCAGAACUAUCCUCAGCAAUUACAGAAUCAAGGUUAGCCAUCAUUGUGAUCUCUCCAAAUUAUGCUUCUUCAACAUGGUGCCUUGAUGAACUCCUACAAAUUCUUCAAUGCAUGGAAGCGAGAGACACAGUUCUGCCAAUUUUCUAUGAUUUGGAACCUUCUGAUGUUCGAAAACAAACGGGGAGCUUGGCGAAAGCCUUCAGUGACCAUGAAAAAAGGUUUGACACAAAUAAGCUGAAAGACUGGAAAGCGGCUUUAACAAAAGUCGCUAAUCUUACAGGGUGGACUGCAAAGGAUAAGGAUGAACCAGGACUCAUCAAAGAAAUUGUUCAAAAGGUACAAACCAAAGUACCUCCUGUAUUCUGGGAAUCAAAAAAGCUGGUUGGGAUUGAGCCAAGGUUGGAGCAACUAUAUUCGCUUUUAGAUAUCGACUCUGAUGAUGUUCACUUCAUAGGGCUUUGCGGAAUGGAUGGGAUUGGUAAGACAACCAUUGCUAAGAUAGCUCGCAAAACUCUUGGAGAUAAAUUUGAUGUGAGCAGAUUUUUCAGCGUUAAGAUGGUCUCUGAAAAACAUGGCCUUGUCAAUUUACAAAGAAGACUUUGCAAAAGCCUUAUGAAGAAAAAAUCAGAAUACUGGGACAACAUUGAUGAGGAAGCCACCAUGAUAAACUUCUUAUUUCAAAAAAAGGUUCUUCUCAUUCUUGAUGACGUGGAUGACAUCAGUCAAUUAGAGAACUUGUGUGGAAACAGAGAUUGGUUUGGUCCGGGGAGCAGAAUCAUUAUUACAACUGCAAAUGAAAAAUUGCUAAUUACACAUGGUGUGAAAAUAUUUAAGGUGCCGGAGUUAGAUGCAAAUGAAGCUAUUCAACUUUUUAGCUUGAAGGCCUUCAAAAGAGAUUAUCCAGACAAAAAAUUUACAGCUUUAUCUCGAUGUUUUGUGGAUUAUGCCAAUGGCCUUCCGCUAGCUCUUGAAGUCUUGGGAUCAUAUUUGCAUACAAGAGAUCUGCAUGAAUGGACAAGUGAAUGGAUAAAACUGAAAGAUACCUGUUCGUUAAACAAUGACAGUAGCAGAAAGAUUAUGGAGGUUCUUGUCGAGAAGUCUCUGAUAACAAUUUCUGAUAACAUGGUGUUGAUGCAUGAUUUGUUUCAAGUACUGGGUCAGGCAAUUGUAGUUCAACAAUCUAAAGAACCUGGUGGGCGUAGUAGGUUGUGGCGUUCUAGGGACAUCUAUCCUGUUUUGAGGGAUAAUACGGGGACAAAAUCAGUUGAAGGAAUUGUCCUACCCUUUCCUGAAUCAGAAGAGGCAAAAUGCAAUCCUGAAGCAUUUUCCCAGAUGUCUGAUCUUAGAAUUCUCAAAAUUCAUAAUGUUCACCUUCCCGGAGGACUCAAAUAUCUUCCUGAUUCCUUGAGAUUUCUUGAAUGGAGAGGUUAUCCUGAAAAGGAUCUUCCACCAGAUUUUGAAGCCCAUGAGCUUGUUGAACUCAGCAUGUGCCAUAGUAGCAUUAAACAACUUUGGAUUGGUGUAAAGACUUUUGGCAAGUUGAAAGUCAUCGACCUUAGUCAUUCACUAAAUUUGACAAGAACUCCAAAUUGCAUUGGGGUCCAAAAUCUUGGAAGAUUAGAUCUUGAGGGAUGUAAAAGUCUAGUUGAGAUUCACCCAUCCGUUGGAGCUCUCAAAAAGCUUACUUCCUUAAAUGUUAAAAACUGCACAAGUCUACGGAUUCUUCCAGCAAAGAUUGAAAUGGAACUUCUUGAGGCUUUUAUUCUUUCUGGCUGCUCAAGUCUUAAAAGGAUUUCGGAAUUUGUGAGCCCUAUGGAGAAUUUAAGGGAGAUUUUUUUAGACAGAACUGCUAUUGAAAGUAUACCAUCUUCAAUUGAAUGUUUGACUAGCCUUUCUUCUUUCGACAUGAGAGGUUGCAAAUAUCUAAAUUGUCUUCCAAGUACCAUUGGCAAUUUGAAGUCUCUUAAAAGUUUAAAUGUAUCUAGUUGCCCAAAACUUGCCAAACUGCCAGAAAGCUUUGGGGAACUAGAGUCUUUGGAGGAGAUUGAUAUAAGUGAAACUUCUAUAAAGGAAUGGCCGUCUUCCAGUUUCGUUUUGAAGAACCUUAAAUCAUUAACUUUUCGUGGACGUAAAUCAGGACAACGAUGGUUUAUGUCUCUCCGGUUUCUGUCAUGGCCAAUGAAGAGAUGCCAGCCUAUGAGUUCGUUCGUGCCUCCCCUAUCAGGGCUCUGUUCUCUAAUGCACUUAGAUCUAAGUGAUCGAAAUCUUUUGGAAGGAGAAAUGCCCAUGGAUAUUGACUGCUUAACGUCUUUAGUAUCAUUGAACUUAAGUGGAAAUCAUUUUAUUAUCCUUCCUGAACGCAUUAGCAGACUUUCUAAACUUGAGAUUUUGUACUUAAGUGGUUGCAAGAAGCUGCAGCACCUUCCAGUCCUUGCCUCAGAUAUAAGCUUAGAAGUAAUGGCAGAUGGCUGUACUUCACUGAAAAUGCUGCAAUGCCCUUCAAAUUUGGACAGAUUGAAGUGGUCCUGUUUUAAUUUCAUCAAUUGCAUUGGAUUGAUUGACCAAGAAAGCUGCAAUGAUAUAGCAUUUGUGAUGCUCAAAAUGUACCUCAAGAGAGUUCCUUAUCCAGAAGAUAGAUACGAAAUUAUAAUUCCUGGAAGAAACAUUCCUUGGUGGUUCAGCUAUAAAAACUUGGGGAGUUCAGUAAGUGUAAAGCAACGUCCGCAGUGCAGUAAAAAUAAGUGGAUGGGAUAUGCUGUAUGCGCUGUUUUUGAGGUUUCAAGCAGCGGAUGGAACGUCACUUGUGACUUGAAAGUCAAUGGAAAAGAAAAGUACCCUGCGCCUUUAAUAGCAACCAAUGUCCAACCUGUAGGGGAACAUCUAUGGCUGUUCUAUGUGUCUCGUGAUAUCAGCUUCGACAGAGAGUGGCAAAACAGUUGCAAUCAGUUAACAUUUUCAUUCACAAAUUCAAGCUGCUGCUUUGUAAAGAAGUGUGGUGUCCGUUUGGUAUAUCAGAAAGAUGUGGAAGAUUUCGACAAUGUAACAACUCAAUCCAGCAUUGACAUUUCUCCAUAUGAGGCUAUGGAUGACAAAUCUGCAUCUGUGCACGGUGCCACUAUCAAGCGAAGUUAUAGUAGGGAAGGAUCUAGUGAAAGAGGGGAUGUGGAAUCUGAUGAAAAUUAUCAGUUUUUGGAGCAGCUUGAUACGCUGUCUGAAGGGGACAUUGCAAUAUUGUUGACAGGAUAA